UUCCCUAAAGAUUGGUACUCUGGGAUAAGGCGAGGUCAUCAAUAUUUUGAUCAUGGUGGGAGAUUACUUCAUUAUAAUACCGGUUCAGCUCUGUUGGGAGACAUUACAUGACUUUGUUGAGGUUUGAGCUCAGUAGUGAAAAUAAACUCUAUUGGCUAUGGGGACCAAACUCAAUUUCAUCCUGGUAUUCAUACAAGCUGCUGUGUUUAUAUCUGACGUUCUUACUGCACCUACAACUGAGAGCUUCGUCCUCGUUUCAACCGAAAAGCCCAAAAAUGCAAACGCAACAGAAAACGCUGUACCACCAAGGAUUCCGAAAAUCCCGAAAAUAUAUUCGAUGAAGGUAGAUACUAACGUUACAAAUCGCUUCGCAAAAACUCUCGUCACCAGUAAAUUGAAAAAUUUGGACGAGACAUCCCAAGAAGCUACCUUCGCUGUGGUUCUACCGGAAAGUGCAUAUAUUUCUGGAUUUGUCAUGGAGAUAGAUGGUAAAAAGUAUGAAGCGUACAUAAAAGAGAAGGAAGAGGCUAGGGAAAUCUAUAAUAAGGCUGUCUCCAGUGGAAUGGCUGCAGGUCAUGUAGAAGCCAACGCCAGAGAUUCGAACAGAUUUACUGUUUCCGUUAAUAUCGAGCCGCAAAGUAAAGCUAUAUUUUAUUUGACGUAUGAAGAACUUUUGCGAAGGCAAAAUGGAGCUUACGAUAUAAUCAUCAAUUUACAUCCAGGGCAUCCUGUGAAGGAUCUAGAAGUACAAGUUAAUAUUAAUGAAUCUCGACCACUAUCUUUCGUGAAAGCACCAUCCAUGAGAUCCGGCAAUGAAAUAGCUAAAAACGACGAUAAGCGAGAUCCAAAAGCAACAAUUGAACGUUUCGAACAAAAAGCCGCCAAAAUUACUUUCAAGCCAGAUCUGGAACACCAGAAGGAACUAGGUCAACAUCUUGGAAAUAAGGAAGGUUCGGGAUUGUCAGGACAGUUCGUGGUUCAGUACGACGUGGAAAGAGACCCUCAGGGUGGGGAAGUUUUGGUUUCUGACGGAUAUUUCGUACACUUCUUUGCUCCAAGCGAUCUGAAACCCAUGGAGAAACAUGUCGUAUUCGUUUUGGAUACUAGUGGUAGUAUGUCUGGUAUAAGGAUACAGCAACUCAAACAAGCUAUAAAGACUAUCCUCGGACAACUUGGACAAAAAGAUCUCUUCAAUAUCAUCGACUUCAAUUCGGUUGUCAAUGUUUGGAACGUGCCGAAGGUUGAAAUUCAAUACGUAGAAGGAGACGUUUACAACUAUUAUUAUGAUGACGCCUCGACAACACCCAAAACUAAGAUAAAACAGAGUCUACCAGAAGCAUUCCAAGUAGAUCCAGAUAACGUAGAACAAGCCAAAAAAGUUAUAGAAAAAUUAGAUGCAAAUGGCGGAACUGACAUAAAAUCUUCCCUUGUGGUGGCUCUUCAACUCCUCAACGAAACCAAGCCCCAAAGGGGUGAAAGCAAACAACCAAUUGUGAUCUUUUUGACCGAUGGAGAAGCUACUGUUGGAGAAUACGGAGAUCAAGCAAUCAAUUCGAUAACUUCAGCUAAUGUCGAUGAAGUCCCAAUAUUCUCCCUUUCCUUUGGUGAUGGGGCUGAUAGAGAUUUCUUAGAAAAACUCUCUCUGAAGAAUCAAGGCUUCGCCAGGCACAUUUACGAAGGGGCUGAUGCAUCUCUUCAACUAGAAGAAUUCUACAAAUACGUGUCGUCUCCACUACUCACCAAAGUUAAUUUCAAGUACGUCUCUAAGGCUGUUUCCAAACUAACCAAAACCGAAUUCCCGAUCAUGUUCGAUGGAUCGGAAAUAGUGAUUGCAGGACAGAUCGAUCCAGAAUUCAGCAAAGCUCCAGUGGAACCAACCGCCUCAUCCACAACAGAAAAACCCAUAAAAAUAGAUGACGAUGGUCUAACCAACCCCAACUACACCGGCAACCCGGAAGACUUCGUUACAGAGACCCCAUUCAUCAUAGACGAAGGUGGCCUCAUCGGGCCUGAGAUCUACGGUAGGGGCGCUGAUGGGGAGAUCGAUUUGAAGCCCAAAUACGAGAAUUCGGUGGGAAGUUUAGAGAAACAUUGGGCCUAUCUGACUCUCAAACAGCUCCUCGAUGAAAGGGACGCUGCCGAAAAUAAGACCCAGUACACUAAGAAGGCCUUGGAGUUAGCUCUGAAGUAUUCCUUCGUAACACCUGUGAGUUCCUUGGUUGUUGUCAAGCCUAACAACACGAAGUCUGAAGCAGUUCCAGAAGAUGCAUCAAAAUCUCAAGAAAACUUUCAGUCCCUUGCUUUCGCAGCACCUGCAUAUCCUGGAGCCGUUCAAUUUAUGUCAGUCAUACCUCUGUCGUUAGGUGAGAGCAGUUAUGCUUCUUUUGCAGAAGCUGAUUACGAUCAUUUGGAUAGCGCUCAAGCUCUUUCAACCCCCUUCGUAGACAGAAUUUAUUCUACAAAAUCGACGACACAAGAAGGUGCAGGUUUAAUCGUUGGAGGUUUCUCAAACAAUACCACCUCCAAUGAAACUACACCAUUAGCUGCGUUGGAAUCGAAGUUGCCGUGGCUCAGAGACAUCUUGGGCGAAAACGAAACGUUGAAUUUACCAAAUGGUACUUUCAAGUUGGGUUCAUCUGCUAAUGUAGAUGGUGGUCUAGAGUGCACCCCUUUGAAUGCAACUGCAACAGGAGUUUGUACUUUGAUUAAGGAUUGCCCACAAUUGUACGAUGUGUUGACAGAUGUCCAUAUAUACACGAAUUAUUUCUGUCCCAUAAAAGAAUUUGCCGGGGUGUGUUGUCCGAAAAAACAAACAUAAAUAUUUUUCAAGACAAAUCAUUUUGUAAAUAUCGUAGUUAGCUCGAAUAUAUUUUUAUAAUGAACUUAGUUCGAUAAGAAGAUACUUCGAAUAUGGAGUUUCGAAAAAUAUAUGUGAUAUUCACUUCAUUUAUAUGUAUGACUGCAAUGAAACAAUUUGAAUAAAAAAUUUUACUGCUUUA